AUGCCUCUGCUCUGGCGGCUACACACCAACGAUGACACCCAUCGCCGCCAUCAACACCACAAUCACACCGACAAUCACCGCAACUCAGCCACAAUUAAUGUCAUCUCUUCGGGCGUUAUGUCUUCGUCGGCGGCGGACACGACGACAGCGACCACUUCAGCGGUCGGUGUGUCUGAAGCGGAACUUCCGAACCAAAUAAGCGUUGCCUUCAUUUCGGACGACUCGGUAGACGUCAACGACUCGUCACUCAGUUAUACGGAACUGACGGCCAGUUUGGACACGAGUUCACUCAACGGUAGUCAGCGGACAGAUGUCUGGCGUAUGAAUUACAACGAGUCGGCCAUCUAUUUGGAGGAGGGAUUCAAUAACGAUAAGUUUGAAUAUCACCCGAAGUCCAGAAAAUCGUUGCCCGCAUAUCUAGUUGUCCACAACCAU